AGAUGGCGGUGUGCACUUUUCAGAAUUAAAAAUGGCAGCCUCCAUGGAUGAUUUCGAACCGCGUGUUGUGCUACCAGGGGAUUCGUUGAUGGGACACAUUCCUGGGGAGCUUCAUGGAAAAAUGACCCUAGGACCAGGGCUAAGACAAGACGAAACUAAGAUAUUCUCAACAAAAGCAGGGAUUCUGAAACGGAAGAACCCACACACAUUCUGGAUAGAUUGCCACCAAAAGAGGUAUGUACCAGCCAAAGGAGACAAGGUUCUUGGGGUCGUAACCCAGAAAGCAGGAGAUGUGUUCCGAGUAGACAUAGGGGGUCAAUCGCAGGCCAUCCUAUCUUACCUGGCCUUCGAAGGCGCAACAAAGAGGAACAGACCAAAUGUUCAGGUGGGAGAUGUGGUGUAUGCCAAGCUUCUCGUUGCCAAUCGGGACAUGGAACCGGAGCUUGUUUGUAUCGAUAGCAGCGGGAGAUCACAGGGACUGGGUGUGGUAGGAUCCGAUGGCUUCAUGUUCCGGUGUACUCUUGGGCUUGUGAGAAGGCUCCUGCUCAAAGACUGUCCGAUGCUGAAAUUCCUUGGUGAGAAAAUUUCGUACGAGAUAGCCAUAGGUAUGAACGGAAGGAUAUGGGUCCGUGCCAAAUCAAUCCACACGACUAUCGCUGUGGUGACUGCCCUCACAAACUGUGAGUUCAUGUCGGAGGAUGACAUGAAGAAAAUGUUACGGAAACUUGUGGCUGCUGGCUUUCAUGACUCUCGUCCGAAGCCAAAUUGACGAGAUCUUGAGGAUAGGUCAAUGGAAUUGCUGGCUUUUAAGAGAAAGCCAAGCACGAAAUAGGAGGGAAUGUCACUAUGGAAUAUCACUCGUGACUUAUGAAUGACCUAGUUUAUAACCAAAGUUGGUGAAUGGACUCCCUAGCUGCAAAGCUGUUGAAAGCUAGAAGAGACGGAUGAAUGAACUCGCUGGCUUUUAAGAACAAUAGAAGCAUAAUAACAUAUAAGCACUAUGGAAUACACUGUACCUCCUAUGACAGUCUUUUCAAGAGAGGUUUUUGAGGUUUGUUGGUUAUUUUGCAGAGUCUUGUAAAACUACAGUCAAAGCCAUUGCCCUUUGGCAAUAACAUCCAAUCUGCGAUGAUCCGAGGGACACGCAUAGGGGUAUUGGUCCAGGCAAGUUCAUCAAGACCAACUGCUUAUGGCAAAAUGCUUUUGGCUACACAAGCAUACAGCGAAAAAGUACUAACACGGCACAGAAGCCAAUGAACUGACUAGCCAAAUCCUUAAAGGGAUAGUUGAGUUUUGUUGCAGAGGGCGCUACACGAAAUAAUUUUUGUGUGAGAUAGUAACAAACUUUGAGUGUCAAAUUUGAAAGAAUAUACAAUUUACAUGACAAAAUCAUCUGUUUGAUCAAAAUCGGUUCAGAGACGGGUGAAAAAUCCAUAAAUAUAUUAAACCAUUUCUAAUAUGUGCCCCACAAAUAUUUAGUAAUUUUGAACCAGCCGUUGAAAAACAAGAUAGCGCCUUGUACGUUCUAUUCCAGCCAAUGCCAAUAUUGUCUGUUUGUUGGCUUUUCGUGUUGGUUAUAAUACCCCUAACCAGCCGGCCCGUGUAUUGUUAUUAUUGAUUAA